GGGCGCCGCGGGCGGGAAUGUUGCAUCACUGCAUCGCGCAGCUUGUUUGAAAAUACGCGCAAUGGCUGUACUACGCACGGAUCUGAACGCUCGCGACGAGAUCUCGACGCGUAGCAAUGACAGAACGAACGGGAACAGAUUCGCGCGUCGCAGAAUGGACAGCAGAAUAUUCCUCCCGAGGACUUCCAGGUGUGCACAUUCCGUCUACUGUCCGUAUAGUGAACCACAACGUCGUAGACCGUUGACAUCGUACGUGCGUCGUUUGAGUCUGCAAUAUGAGCACAACUGGCAAGCUUUUGCCGACAGUAACAAGAUUCACAAUUCACCAAUACAACCCGAGUACAAAAGCUGUGUAAGCUUCAGAAGGGAGAGCUCCGAGUACAAGAGCUGUAUAAGCUUUCCAAGAGAGAGAUCCUUCGAAGAGCCCUCGAAGAGGAGCUUUUCAGCGGGGGCCAGAAAAAGCUGUUGGUCAUCUCAGAUUAAACGAGCUAGAAAAAGAUUGUCUUAUCUAUUACCGGUAUCUUCUCUCGCCAAGGUAAUAGCAGGUGUUGUUGUUGGUAUAACUAUAGGAAUAACUGUUUAUACAUAACAGAAAGAGGUACAAAUGAAAAAACAAACCUAGCAUAGCUCGAUUGUUUACAUUGGAGUUGGAUAUUUUGAAGCAAGAUAUGUACUAUACAAUCAAGGUUCAGUCAAAUAUUUGUUACAGCAAUUAUUUAUUAUCAUACUCGGUCUAAUCUAUGUGGCGCUAAUUUAUUUCGUGCAACAAUUGGAUAUUCUUUCUCUAAAAUUAUAUAUUACGAAAUAAUGAUUUAGAAUUAAUUUUUUUUAUAAUCUAUUUUUUUAUAACCAAUUGUACUUAUAUAUGGUUAUGUAAACUGUUAUUAUUAUUACUAUUA